AUGCUUAUCAUUGUCUGCAGCCGUGACGUCCCGCCAGCCUUCAAGACCAAGGAAUCCAGUCGUGAUGAAGAGGUUGAUGGUGGAAUAUACUACAAAAGCGCAGUGGCUGGUUUCGUCUCUUUGAUGGUUGACGCCUCACGCAAGAUGAUGUGCUAUACUGCUAGUGGCUGCGAAAAUGCCGCGCUCAUCUGUUUCCUUUCAGAGCCGACCUUGGUGGAAGGGAAAAGGCCCAUCAGCGAAAAUACGUGGAAGAAGAUUUUGGCCCUAGAUAGCGAGGGAAGUGACGAGAGUACCAAUAACAAAAUCCAAUUCACAAAACGCGAUGAAAAUCAUAACUGCCUCACAGAAAUCAACAAGUUCCGCACCCAAGAUAGUCUCGACCUUGACGAUUUCGAUGACGAGGAAGAGACGCCAACAGAUCCGACAGGCGAUCAGGUCGCCAAAUACGAUGCCGAGGAGCUUGCCAAGGUGGUCACGUGCGACGCUCUCAAGGCUGGAAAUGCCCCCAUCCUGAUUUCCAGCAAUAAACGCAGCGUGAUGUACUACUCUGGCUCUAGCGCCACGUGCUCGAAUGCCGUUACCGAAUGGAAGAAAGGCUAUGAAAAGUUCAAAGAUGUCACAAUUCCCCCAAAAUACACUUCAAGCGAAGACAUGUACAAGACGGGAGCAGCAACAAACUUUAUCUCGCUUGUCAGCGAGGGAGAAGAUACCGUAGCCCGGUGCUACACCGUUACGAACUGCAGCGAGGAAGGUUUGGUUUGCGUGUUGGAGCCUGCCGUCUUCGAGGAAGGAAAAUUGCCCAUCAGCGUGGCAACUUGGAAAAACGUUACUAAGACUCUGAAUAAUGGACGUAGUAGUACCUCCGUCUAUGGUGCUCUUCUGAACAGCAUGUUAGUUGUUGUCGGUCUGUUUGCACUCAAUUUCUAA